CAAAAGCAAAACACGUAUAACGAACUUGAGGAUUCGUGCUAGAGUCAAUCGCCUGAGAUGGCGGUGAGAACCAAUGGUGAAAGCAAAAUUGGAGAAACUGAAAUUCAAAGCGCAAAUAGCCAAUGUGAGUUCAAUCAGAAUCAAGCAUCAUGCAGGAAAUACUGCACAAAGCGAAGCACGACUCAAAAGAUGCUGCAACUGACAACGACGACGACGACAAUAAGCAAUCGCAGAUCGAUUCUGGCUCCGCUCUUCAACAAUUUCUCGACCGCAUUCCCCUUCGUUCGAUAUCCGGCAUCCAAAGUUCAUUCGCUUUGGAAUUGAAAGCUGGGGACAGUGUAAAGGAUGCGAUUCGCAUGCUGUACGAAAACGACCUCUUCGGAGCACCCAUUGCGGAUGUCUUGGACCCCGAUGCACCCCGCAUGGAAUUUUCUUAUCGGUAUAUCGGUUUCCUUGAUUUCUCAACCAUGGUUCUCUGGUGUAUUCAGGAGUACGAAAAUUUCACGCAAAAAUUCAAGAAGAAUCGUCUUGAAGGCACAUGUUUUUUCUCCACUCUGGACCAGAUUCCUAAGAUUGGACACACCAAGGUCGGCGAGUUAGCUAAGCCUUUUGUUUGGGAACCAUUUUUCCCUGUACAUUUGGAUGAUACACUUCUUCAUGCGCUGCUGCUUCUUUCUAAGCAUCCGCUGCGUGUUUUGCCGGUCACACAGCAUUCUGAUCCCCAAGUCAUUGGUUUAGUCACUCAGAAUGCUUUAGUUCAAUUGCUUCUUGAAUCAAGCGGACUAGAGUGGUUUGAUAAUAUUGCAGACAAGGCCUUGUCAGAUCUCAAAUUGGAAGCCCAGGAACAUGCGAGUUAUGUAUUCGAGGACCAAACUGUUGCUGAUGCUUUACAUGUGCUCUGGGAAAACCGAACCUGCACAGUUGCAGUUGUAGAUCGACAAACUAAGAAGCUCAUUGGUUGUGUCAGGAACAGUGAUAUCUAUCAUCUUGUAGAAAAUGACGACCUCUUCAGAAAUAGGAAGAACUUAACCGUUGGAGAAUUCAUUCACUCGAAGCCUGAGGAAACUAAGGCAAGCACCGAAAUUGAUAAUGGGGCUUCAAUGGUCGCAAGAAGCAUCCACCUGAAGAAGAGAUGUGUGCCUAGGAUGGACUCGCCAUUAACCAACAAGAAAAGUGACACGCUCAAGCAAUUGAUGCAGCAGACGACAGAGAGGAAUAGCAGAUUCACGUUUGUGAUCAAUGAAAAAGAGCAAGUUACAGGAUUGAUCACACUAAGAGAUGUUAUUCUGCAGUUUGCUCCUCCAUGUGUAAGUUCUAGCAUUGACGGAGGUGGGUUUUUCCAAAUUGCUUUGGAGCAGAGCGGAUGUCAUAUAGAAGAUGGAACUUUAGUACAUGAUCAUUGAUCUCGGAAGUUGUAUACCCGCUUUGGGAUAAAGUAUAUAUUCAAUUCCUUUCUUAUCUUGAUUAUUUCAGUUGGGAAGACUACUGUAGAGAGAGAGAGAGAGAGAGAGAGAGAGAGAGAGAGAGAGAGAGAGAGAGAGAGGUAGGUGCU